AUGGCGUCUGUUAAAAAUAAGCGCCGUCGCGUGGGGUCUUACUACCACGACAUCAUUCCUUCGGCCGAUGGAUUCGAACUGAUACAGGCCAGCGAGGUCGCUGUUCGAAAUGUAGGCGGUGCUGAACGCGCAACACGAAGGGUGGACGUGUCUCCUGUCCGCGCGGCUAGGUCCUGGGACCAAAUAACGGACUGGUCGCCGCCAGAUGACGACGAAUUUGCACUGAAUCCUACGGGCGAGCUUCAUGAUACAGAGGUUGAGGCAGAUAUUGUGACGGAGGACCCACUACCCAAAAGGACAAGGAGUGCCGUAUCGUGCUACCUGGAAGAAAUCCUUCGAUGGGCUGGUCGCGGGGAUUUUUGGCAUACUACAGAGUGCCCGGAUUGCAAGAUUAGAUCCGCUCAUCCCCCUAGACCUGCAGAGUAUCGCUGCCAGGAAUGUUUCACACCGGACUUGCACCCUUUUCAUCGAAUUGAGUAUUGCAACUGUUCGCGAGCCAUUCCGCACCACCUUCAACUUCUACGGCGAGGGUUAUACCCUGCAUCCCAGAUCACCAUCAAGACAUGCGCAAGCUUCGAGUUGCUAACGCUUCUUCACAAGCUUGCCUUGACAACAAAGGCAUCUACGUAUGACUUUUACAGGUGCCUCGAGAAAAUGACCACAAAUACCGGCAUGAAUACUCCGCCAUCUCGCUAUCGUGCUCUCUUUCAAAUGGUGCUGCAGUGGAGACAUCUGCAGAUGCUGAAGUGGGCAGGUAGAGGGCAUGACCCUUCAGGUGCAGCAGGCACUGCUGAUGGAGAACUCGCCAUCAAGUGUCCAUCAUGUCCUCAUCCCGAAAUCAAUCUUCCCGACGAUUGGGAAAGCGCGCCGGAUGAUAGAAAGUUUUUGUACAUGCUUAUUGUCUGCAUGGAUGCAAACUUUCGACUUAAAAAUCAACUCGUGUCAAACUAUUCUCAGGAUCCGGGCCUAGGAAUUGGAAUGGCAUACAUGCUGCCUAGGCAUAGAUAUGAACAGUAUGUGGCCAGUCGCGCCACCGAUAAAGAUAUAAGCACAUGCGUGGGGUUUCAGGCGCUGGCGAAAGCCAAUACGAAGUUCUCUGUUGGACUUCGAUACACGGGCCUUGGUAUGACAGUAUGCGGGAGAUCAGAAAUGAUCAUGACUGUCGGAAAUAUGCACAAGGGAGAACGAUAUGCAAAUAUGGACUACAUAUUUGCGUGGUUUCUCCGCCUGGUUGCCGUUCGCCUUGUGUUGGUGAGCUAUGACAUCGCUUGUCAAUGGUUCAUCAACCUUCUACGGCGGAUGCAAUCUGAUUGGCCCCAACACAUUCAACCCCCCGCCAACAUCACACUCAUUCCAGUGAUUCCAAAGCUGCAUGAACCGAUGCACAACCAGACCAACCAUCAAAUGUACUCACUAAACUUCAUUCCUGGGGUUGGGCAAACCGAUGGCGAGUGCCCGGAGCGAGUAUGGGCGCCCCACAAUUCUCUUGCAAACGCUACGAAAACUCAAGGCCCGGGUUCACGCCAGGACACGCUCGACGACCACUUCGGGUUCUGGAACUGGCAAAAAUACACAUCUAUGGGCACUACAUUGCUCCGUAGGUACAGGGACGCGAUUGCCCAGCGCAAUAUCCAGACGGAGGGGCACGAGGGUCUGUCGGAAUCGAUAAAAAAGGCAAAUCCUAAUCUGAUAGAGCGCUGGGAGAAGAUGUGCGCCGAGUGGGAAUCAGAUGUGUUUCCGAAGAAGAAGAAAAACCCCUAUGAGAUGAAAGACACCAUAGUUAACUUAACAUGGUUGGGCAUAGGCAUCACAGAGGCCCAUGUCAAGAAACUAUUGGCAGAUUCUGAAGCUGCCUUUCUGGCAUCUGGUGGAACAAUGCCACAUAGAACCACCCCAUCUGUGUUUGUCAGUAUGGGCUUAGAUCUUGAAGAAACUCAACAUCGGCUUCGACGCCUGGCAAAAAAUACAGGGGAGGAUUCCACUAUUCGACAAGCCGGGAACCUGACAGAGCAGCGAAAUGCUCUCACAACGCGUAUACGGGCAUGGGAGCAGCUCCUGCCAAUUUAUAUGCCUGGAAUUAUCCAGUAUAAAGCCGACCACCCCAUCCAUGAGGCGUCCACACAUGCUGAAGAUUUACAACUCUGGCUGCCAUCUACAAUCCCUGAGCCGCAUCGCAGUGAAAUUAGUGCGCACAACUUGCCUAAUAUUGAACGACAACUGAGAGAAGCCCAACUUACUGAUUCUCUGAACGCCAUACGUCAAAUUUUGAAGGUCAAGGCGCGAAUGAUUGCCUUCAAGAACAAGAAUAUCCGGGGUCAACGCGGAGGCACUCGAUCAACGGCAGUGAUUGAUCGCGUUCACGAGCGCGCAAGAUUUGCUGCCGACAAAUAUCGGAAGGGGCGGGAAGCACAUCUAGCUCUGGCUGGCCCCGGAGACUGGGAGAAGACGUUUCGUAAACUUGACGACAAGGAUAUCCGUAGCUAUCAAGACCCCGAUCGUCUACGCCCUCGAGUAGGUCGACGAGGAACCCUAGAAGACGAGCAGGUCGCAGCAGGAGAAAAUGCGCCCACAGAGGAGGGAGAUCUUUUCUUGUUCAACGAAGAGCGGACACUCCAUCAAGGUAGCGGACAGACUCGACGAACACUUUCUUGGAUUUGGACGGUUGUAACGCCCACAUCUUCCAGCGCAGCUGAAAUGAUCGGAGCCGACGGCACUUCAGCGGCCCCAGACGAAGAUCGCGCUGACAUUCUCCGGGUAGAGUGGUCCAAGAGUCGAGCCAGAAUGCAACGUGCCAGAGAAGAAGUCCUUUUGCUUAAGGAGGAGAUGAGGCGAAGGCAGCGAAUAAAGGCAAUUUCUACCGGGAAGAAAGAUGUACUAGAGGCCAUCUCAGCGUAUGCAUUGUCACAGGCUGCCCUCCAAGACUCUCUUGCUGACCACUUCAGCACGUUAUGGAGGACAAGUUUGCAGGUUCCUACCGCUGCUGAAGGAACUUCAACUUCCGAUGGCACUACCGCCAAUUCACGUGGCCCUAUCGUUGACGAGGAGGAUGGCGAUGAUGACGGCGAUGACGACACGAUUGUGGAUGAUGUGACAGUUGUGGGAGAUGAGGAGGAGGAUGAAGCUGUGAAGGUGUACCGGGAAUCAAUCUAUCCGGUGCCGAAGCUAGUCUACGACGGUCUGGCUGGCAUGGUCAACAUUGAAUAG